GAAUCAGUUCCCGCCCGGCGUUCGAUAUUUUCACAGCUCAAAAGCUGUCCUCCCUACAGCGCAACCGGUGCGCUGCGUUGCUUGUUCCGUGCCAAACGCUGCGAGUGAAGUGUGAAGCUCCGUGCGCGAGUUUGUGCGACCGUGCGCCUCCUUUUCGCGGAGUUGUUUCAACGGUGGUUUCAUCCUGCUAUCGGUGCGUGUGCUUGUAGGUGUGUGUGUUUGUGUUCGAUCCCCUGUACGACCCCAAAAACCGGCGAGUUCACUCGAUCGUGUACGAUUCAUCCCCUACGCUGUACGUGUGCGCGUGUUCGUGUGUGCGGGUUUUUGGGGAGAGGUCCUUCUUCCCUGGAGGUCCUUUCCGACUGACGGGUGCCGAUAACACCGCGCAGGAAUAUAAGCGCUCCCAGUGUGCAUGCGUGUGACGUAAAUUGCUUAUCAAAUCACACAAAACACACCCCUUUACACCCCCGGGGAAACACAAAAACACACCGCCAUCGGAUUGGAUGAGGAAGAUCGCUCAAAGCAAAACAAAACCCAAAAUCAAUCGAGAUCGACGACGACGACAAAGUUCAGCCAGCAGCUGUAGCAACGAACGGGAUUCGGUCACUGCGUGGCCAAGUGUCCGUGACAGAUACCGCAGGAUAGUACCCCGUGUUUGCCGGGACCCUUGACCUCCAAACCAGCGUGCUUCAAAGCAGGUUAUUGAAGAUUCGACACCAGCGCCAAGAGAAGGACGCUUCGCGCGGUUGCGACAGUGAGAGAUUAACCUGCCCGCCGCUUGCGGUUUUCCGAGCUCGAGAGCGGAUUUUCCAGCCGAAACUAUCAUCGAACGGAAUUACACGAGUGAACGCGCCGCAUCAGCAACAGCAAAAAUUCGUUGCAGGCGAGAAGACAUCAAGGACCAUCAUCGUCAAGGCAGGAGUGGAACGGCCCUGCCUUCUGCCCCGCUGUGAGCAGUGAACUAAUUUUAAUUAAAUUCAGUUCACGUCCUUACUCCGACGGUCCGACAGAGAGAGCGGCGAACAAAAACGAACCGUAAAACUGCAUCUGCAAAAUCAGUUUGUGCCAACACGAUACGGGAAAACUAGACAUUAAGCAUUCAAUUAGCUAGUGCUUGGUGGUGAGGGCCACUCGGCAUCGUGGCACUUCUUCCGUCUGCUUCACACUGGUGUGACCGUCAGUUUUUAAGUUUCAACAACCAUCAGCAUCUGCUUUGGAACGAACGGUAACCAUCGAAAUGCAGACUAAAAUGAUACUUUCCGCAUUUUGCCUUCUGGCGGCGCUGCUGGUAGUACAAGGCAAUGAGGCACCGGGCCGUCAACAGGCACCAGCAUCGGCACCGGCUAGGACACCGGCCCUUCGCUACAAGCGAAUGUUCGUCAUGUGCCCACCGAGCUUCAUCCGCAUCGGCAACGAGUGUUACUACAUCUCGAAGAACAAGCUGAACUGGCUGGAUGCGUACUUUGAGUGCAAAGAUCGCAACGCAAAGCUGGCCGAACCGAUGAAGUACGAGGAUAAACACCUGCGUCGCCAUCUGCAGAAAACCGAUCGCAAAGAGGACCUUUGGAUUGGCGGUACCUACAACUGGAAGCUGCAAAAGUGGCAAUGGGGUCACAAUGGGCGUGAGAUCGAACAUCAGUCCUUCAGCCAGAUGGUGCCCGGGAGCAGCCAGGAUCUGAAAUUCCAUUGUGCACUGCUACGGUCAGACAUCAAAUUCAGAUGGUCUGCCGAAGAGUGCACGAAAAAGAUGGAUUUUAUCUGCCAGCAUCGGAUGCCGCUAGUGACGGAGCAGAGCCGCAACCAGGUGUACAGUCGAUGGAACGAAACUUUCCCCAAUCAGAAGGCGAACGAGAAAAUGGUCUACAUUGUGAACGAUCCCAACAAUCGCACCCGAAGCGAUCCUUCCAAGGUGAGAAUAUACAACAGCGUGAAGCAGGUGUACCGCUACAAUCCAUCGAUACAUCCGCCGCGUCAGCCAACGCACCGUCGCAACCAGAACCGCGCUCGUAAGCCCAACCGUGAGGAGUACAUCCCGAACGAUGUGUAUCGUAAGCAAGUCUCGCAGUACGCACCGGAAGCCACGAACGAGCUGACCCCGUACGACAAUGGUGUUGGUCAUCGCAAUGGCUACUCCGUGGCUAACUUCAACGUCGACAUUCGUCCACGGACGGUUCAUAAGAAGGAGUACCCACGGCCAAACAAUCGAGCACAGACCGGUGUGGCACGGCAGGAGUCUAUGCAGCAGCAGCAGCAUCAUCAGCAUCGCCAUCAGCCGACCAUCUACAACAGUCAACAGCAUAAACCCACGAACCGCCAAUCUAUGAACCUUACGCCAAGAACGAACUACUACCGAACGGAGCCAACCGUUAGAGCUAGUGCCAUGACGACCACCACUACCACCACCACCACCACCACAACGACUCCUGCUGCUCCACGGUUUAUCGAUACCACUACGAUGAGAGCUCCUUACCAGUCACGCCAUACUACCAAGAUCGUAAAGACGGCGGAAGAGAAAAAGGCGUACCGUGACAAAGUGCGGGAACGGUUCUCCAAACUGACACCGGAACAGCAGCAAAUGUUCCUUGAGGAGCGUGCCAGGCGGAAGCAGCUGCAGCGACAGCGACAAAAUCUGCCCUCGGACAACGAGGUCACCCUGUAAGAGGGGAAUGCGCAUAAGCGGACCCCGAAACGCGGUUCCUAGAAGUGGGUGAUAGCAGCCUAGGUGUCAACCGGUAUAACCGGCCGCUUCCGGGAACGGGAGAAGUCGAAUAAAAAAAAAAAAAGAUUUGCACGAUCGGGUAUCAACACACAAUCACACAAAAACACACUAACAAUGCCACCAAAAACAGACUAAAUUACAGGCAGAGCGCCCCACAAUCAACCGAGUCCCGAUCGGUAAUGUAAAGUAACAACAAGUUGGAAAUUCUGUGCCAGGAAACAUAUCGAAAACCACAAAAACCCGUACAAGUUGAGAAUGAAGUUUACGAUGCAACACCUAACACCAUACCCUUCUCCUCCUUCACGUGGGAAAACCACCAGCAAUUACUCGUUUACCUACUGUUCAACCGUACCCGUUGAAUGCCAAGUUACAAAUUAGUUACAAUCAGUGCGAUCGCUUUGGAUGCACAAUACGGUAAUAGCAGCGGAAGAGGGAAAACACUAUGGAAAGUAUCCGAACAGUAAUACCAUCUUUGCCAACACUAACACACAAACACUAGCACCUUAAGUGAAUAUAAGAUGUCCUAAUAAAUCUUACUAAGAAGUAGCGAAACAGCCAACCGAAUCCCUCGUAUACACUCGGUACCCCACAACAUACCCAUCUUUGGUAACAUAGCUGUUAAUGUCUUUUGCAAAACCAGUUAGCAGGAUUGUAGCAAUAGGUGCACCAGAUGUUCUAUCAUCAUCAUCAGGAUAUUGCAAAUCAUGGAAAAUUAGAAGACAGAACCAAUCACCACUCAAACAAGUGCACGGACAAGUGAAUGAAGGGAAUUGAUAGGAAUUAGAAUUAGAAAGAAGAACCAGAACAAACCAAUUACAUUUUUACCAACGAACGAAGCAAAGUUUGUGCGAGCAAUUACAGAGUCGAAAGAAGGCGGAGCGAGCAAUUAUGCGGAAGCGCAAGAGUGCGGAAGAUGAGCUAAAACGAUCGUUGGUAACGGACGUCAGACAAAACAAAGUAAGGGAGUACGGUAAUAUAUACGAGGAAGAAAUAUUUAAAUAUUAAAGUAAAACUUGUCAUUUUUAGAGUACACAUAAGUAAGUACACACAUGCUUCAACAGUGAAGAAUGCGCAGAGCCAAGAGUUAUACCAUAAUGGUCAAAAAUUCGAUGGUUAUCGGACAAUGAUAGAGGGAACAAAAUGUAGAGAGUCGCGGUGGGCGCUCAUUGGUCUAGGUUAGGUUGACGAUAUGGAUCAUCGGCGCCAUUCGAUGGGCCGCUCCGCUCCAAUUGCCAUACUUCUUCUAGCUAUUUAACGACUCGAGAUGGUUUGGAAAUUCAGUUUAGAAAGUCAAAAUUAUGAAUACCAAAAGAACGAACACACAAGAACGUCAAGUUCGUCAACCAGCGAACCAAACUCAGAAGCAUGAAAAAAAAACACAUACACUUCGGGAAUAAAUUCUGCGGCACGUUAUGUUCGAUCACGUAGUCCUUUGACCGUUCUUACGGAAUCGUACACGGAACGGAUUGGAAACGGAAACUAUACGAACAUGAAGGAAGAAUACCGAUCCUACUAGAGUGAUCCAGAUUCUUCUUGACCACCCGAGAUAAGUGUCCUCUCGUCCUCUUGCUGUAAGACAUGCGAGGAUUGGCCGGAGGGCAACCAUAAUUAUUGCAUAAUUUUAUUGCAAAGAGAAACGUACUGUUUGAAAUAAAGUAUUACUUGAG